AUGCGAGAUCAGAAUCUCCUGUUUUACUCACAAAUUCCCUCUCAUAGCAAAGGAUAUAUCAUGCCCCACUCAAACGAUGACGUCUACUUCAUCGAAAACCAAACCCUCGCUACUAUCCAAGAAUUCCAUUCCCAUAUGUUCACGGAGGUCUAUCAACACGCGAACCCAGCCGAGUUCAUGGAUAACGACUGGAUUGAUGUUGCUAAACUUCGAAAAUUUCUUGCAACGCGUCCUGCGUGCGUAGUUGUCAAAGAGGAACCAGAUCGAAUAUCCAUGUCAAGAUCGCUUCCAAUUAAGCAGGAACCCGGUGAGGGGGUCAGUAUUGACCUCCAGUCGGAGACGAAUGGCCCACAAACCACUGUCUAUAAGAUCAGGGACCAAGAGGUCCACGAAAUUCUUGAUUCCGAAGAUGAGCCCAAGUCUUCCACUGUCCAAAGAAGACGCUCACCUAGCGUCAUUUCUCUCGAUAGUGACAAAGAGUUUAUCAACGACAUUAAAGAGGAGACGGGCUCUUCUCCAGCACCUUGUGCAGAAGAAGUCACCUGGGAGCCUUCUGACACCUUUUGGCCACAGGAUAUCACGUCUCAGGUUCACCCGUUGGUCUCUGCUGACUCCCCUCUUCAUGUCACCAGACAGUUGGUAGUAGAGAGAUUGGAGCGGCUCUCUGAGAUUCCUUCUGCGUGGCCAGUCCUAGACACGCCGACCGCAUACAUCUUGGACCUCUCAGACCCAAAACAUCGCUUGUAUGAACAAGACAAAGGAGGCUCUGUGUGCAUGCCCGACUUUUUAUUGAAGCAAUAUGAUAACGAUUUGUGGAAGAGUUCGAGUGGAAGAGAAAGUGGAGUGGCCACCACACUCGAGCCGGGUACCGAAGCGGUGACAUGUUUUCGUGCCAGGCUCCUCUGUAAAGGCGCUUUCCACUGCAACUACCUCUCGGAUGACCUGAUCGCUAUCGAAAGACGUGGUGUAGAGCCUGUACACCAACCUAGAGCUGCUAUAUAUGCAGCUGUUGUAACGAAACCAUGCAAAGGAGUGGAUCCGACGACUAUAGUACAAUGCUCGGGUCUUCCAAAGAUCCACGAACGAACUGACACACAUGGGGUUCGAAGCCACUUUGUCGGCUGUUCAGGCCACUGGCCUGACUUCAAGAUCAGACAUCGUACUUCGAUUAUUCCACCUGAAAUAAAUGUGGAACUCUUGCAGAAAUGCCUCAAACAUGAGCAACUUUGUGAAGGCCAAGACAAAGACUCCCCAUCGUGUGGAACAAUCAUUCCUGCUCGUGUGGGCAAAAGGAAAGAGGAAUGUUCAUUCGCCCACAUCGUGGAUGGAGAACAUGUCACUGCCCUAAUGGUUCCAAUGGACUGCCAGACACGGAUGACCAUCUACAUUCCUCAUGACAAGACUAUCAAGAAGGCGAUCGUUGUGUUUCCUGGUAACUCCGCACACUCGCAUCCAGUUCUUCUGCUAUGGAAGGCCACUCAGGAUGUCAAGGAAAUGUUUGCGAAAGCGGUGAACAAACAUGGCGUGUUAGGGGCAACUGUCUCAAAGAUUGACACAUUGCCUAUUGUGAAGCACGAGCUUAAUGGAAAAAGCCCGGCAGCCUUCCAUCCAGCCCUCUCCAGUAGUCGCCUGAAGCGUGAGCUGAUAAAGGCUGAGCAGAUUAAGGCCUAUCCAGCCAGUUUAGGCCUCACUGGGGCAUAUGAUUUGUUUCACUCCAACAAACGUCUAUCACCAGAAGAGCGAUACAUCCAUACCUUCAUCGACGAAGACAGAUAUGUUUUUAUCCUCACGUAUUUCAAGGCCUUAUUGGAACUGGUUCAUCAAGUGCUGUCAAUUGAGUGUGACACUACCUUCCAACACGUACAAGAAGUCGUUUUUUGCAAAGGCAUGAACAAUCAAGAAGAGCUGGAGAUUAAUGAAUGGGAAAUGGUGAUAUUCUACAAACCCGUUAAUAACUCUUUGUAA